AUCUCUGACCGCUUGUGGCGAUAAUAUGGAGAGCAAUAUAACCAUUGAUUUCAAUGAAUUGGUUGACAAAUCGGUAGAGCUCUGCGAAAUACUUCACAACGACUUUGUCUUCGCACCGCCGUGCGCUAACAUACGGGACCUAAUAAUGGACAAAAUCGAGAGUUAUGUCAUUUACGGUGUGUUAUGUGAGGCCAUUAAGAACCCGUCGUCCGACCUUCAGCUCCGACAACGCUAUCGUCAGUUUGACUUCGACGAGGAGGAAGAGGACGACGGAUACGUGGGCUUCAGAAACGGGUUUACAAAACGCGAGCUUCGGCUGGUGUUGAGCGACGAGAAUAAGCAGACAAUCAGUUUCUAUCGGUCGGUGCUGUCCUCGUAUAUUGAGUCGUAUUGGGUCGCGGCCUCAGCGCUCACACAACUCAUUGGUGUCGACUCUCUGGACGAGAAGUCAUUCUUCAACCGAAUGAUAGACAUUGCGAAACAGAAGCAACAGAAAGGACUCAUAUUUCACGAGGAAUGUAUAGCCGCCGAGCCGUUCAAGAAUGCGGUGAAACUGUUUGAGAGCUGGAAUGUGUUAAAUGUGCGGACAAAUGGGUCGGCCGUCCGACACAUUGGACUGAAUCCAGAAUUCAAAUCGAUUGUAACGCUAAACGAUGUGAUCGCAAGAAUCGAAGAAUUCAAGAAUUAAAUUUUAUUUUUUGCAAACAAAUACUUAUUUUAUGAACAAAUAGUUAGGCUUUUCGGGCAAAACACACGUUAACUUGUAAUAUAAGAGCUAUUUAUAUAAGUUGUCAUAUCGUAUGCAUUAUCGUAACGAAUGGCGCGGCUAUUGGUUUUACGCCAGAAUUGUCUUCAAAUGAAUUUUAUAACGAAUAUCAACGAAAUAAUGGUUUUUAUUUCUCUCACUGAAACAAAUAGUGUGUUAUUUCGAGUCAAUUGUUGUGAAUCGGAAUUUAUAUGGAUUUUAUAAACGAGUUGUGAAAAGAGUUUUCAUUUUAAGUUUUAUUAUGAAAACUAGUGUUCGAUAUAUUGAUAGAGAACUAUAUAAAGAGUGAAGAAUGCAUUUAUUUUUCUGUUAUUUUAUGAAUAGUUGAUAUUUUUUGAAGUGUGAAAACAUAUAUCAAAGUGUUUAGUGAGAGAUAUAAACGAAGUGCUCAACAAAUAUAAUUGACUGAAAAAAUAGAAAAUUGUUUUAUAGUAUUUUUCUCAUCGAAAACAAACCCCGAUUAUAAAUACAUGUGGUUUUGAUCAUCACUUUUUGACAAACAAAAACACCGA